AUGAAGGAGGAGUAUCAUUUUGAGUAUCCCGAAAGGCAAGUUCUGCUGCCAUGGGUUAAAGUGACCAAAAAAGCCAAUAAAACAUUGGGCAUCAUUAAGAAUGGAACUAACAACAAAACGGAGAACAUCAUUGUGCUAUUAUACAAAUCUAUGAUACUCCCACGUCUUGAAUACAAUGUGCAGUUGGUCCCACAUCUCAAAAGUGAUGUAGUAGAAUUAGAAAAGUCAACCACUCGACACCGUCACAGUUUUGAUGCAGAACGGGAUGCCAAGAAACUACACAAAGCUUGCAAAGGGAUGGGAACAGACGAAAAGACAAUUAUUGAAAUUCUGUCCAGUCGAUCAUCAGAGCAGAGGCAACAAGUGAAAGAGAAGUACAAAACCAUAUAUAGCAAGGAUUUGGAAGAGGUGCUGAAAGGAGAACUCAGUGGGAAUUUUGAAAAGACUGCAUUGGCUCUGUUAGGUCGUCCUUGUGAAUACGAAGCCCAAGAGCUUCAGAAAGCAAUGAAAGGUGGCGGCACUGAUGAGUCACUACUGAUCGAGAUUCUCUGCACAAGGACCAAUCAGCAAAUUGAAGCGAUAAAGAAGGCUUACAAAAGGCUCUUUGAGCAGGACCUAGAGUCUGAUGUUAAAAGUGACACAAGUGGCUCACUAAGGACGAUACUGGUUUCUGUGCUACAGGCUGACCGAGAUGAAGAGCAGGACAUCAAUGCAGAGCUCGCUGAGCAAGAUGCUAAAAAUCUAUAUGAAGCAGGGGAAGGCCGCUGGGGGACAGAGGAACUGGCUUUCAAUGUUAUUUUAGCAAAGAGAAAUGUCAAGCAGCUGAGAGCUACCUUUCAGGCCUAUGAAAAGCUGCAUGGGAAAGAUAUUGAAGAAGCCAUUCAAAGUGAAACAUCUGGAAAUCUAGAGAAGGCCUAUCUCACACUUGUGAGAUGUGCCAAAGAUUGCCAAGGCUACUUUGCUACACGUCUACAUGAGUCAAUGAAAGGAACUGGAACUGAUGAGGAGACUUUGAUUCGCAUCCUCGUGACUAGGGCUGAGAUUGACCUUCCAACAAUAAAGGAGAAAUUCAAGCAACUGUACAACAGCUCUUUAGCUCAGGCCAUCCAAUCAGAUACCUCUGGGGACCUCAGAAAGCUGCUGGUGGCACUGCUACACUAGUGCUGCUCCCAGAAAGAGAGAGAGACAAGAAACCGCCUUUUGAACUAGCUUCAAAAGCAGUGUCCAAAACAAAUGGGGCACUAGCAAUAAAAAAAACAAUCCAGUUUAUUUUCUUUACAGCUAAGGAACAUGUGGCCAAGUAAUGAUUGCGCUAGCUUGACAUGAGGUUUACGUUAAGCCUAUCACAACAAAUGUCCUCAAGCA